CCCACCCCCCGCCCCACAAACACAGAACUCAUGUCCGCAAGCGUCCUGAAAUCAACAAUGAUAAUGCAACCGCAAGACCGCAACAGACACAACUUCAUGAUCUUCGGCGGCUUCCUCCUAAAGCAGACGUUCGAGCUCGCCUUCAGCUGCGCCGCGGCCUUCAGCCACGCGCGCCCAAACUUCGUCUCCCUCGACCCCAGCACCUUCGACCACUCCGUCCCCGUCGGCAGUAUCCUUUACCUCCGCGCCACGGUCGCGUAUACCGAGCCUCUGGAGCGCCAGCCCCGUGACGGCGGCGGCGGCGGCGGUGGUGGUGGUACCCCUUACACUAAGCUGCGCGUCCGGGUGGAUGCCCAGGUCCGGAACGUGCCUCAUGCCAGUCGGCAGCAGACGGGCCGCUUUCAUUAUACGUUCCUUGUGCCCAAGGAUGUAGAAGUUAUGCCGAAGGAUUAUGGUGAGUUUAUGGUUUGGACUGAUGCUCGGCGGCGCUCGGAGAAUGCGGCCGCUGCUGUGUCGCUGGGUGCUGAGGAGCUGAGUGCUCUGCGUGGUUUGACCGAUAGUGUUACUGAGUAG